CGGGCUGGGAUGUGGAGCACGGCGAGGAGAAGCUAACAGCUAGCAGGUACUCGCGGCCAAAGCUAACGGCUAACACACUUUAAAGAAGUCAUGAGUCAUCGAGCCGCGUGCACACACUGACACUCGCACGGAGGGCUCGGCGGCGCCUCGUUUACACGCGCACAGCGGGUUUCUGCGCGUGUUUAGGUAGUUGUUGUUCUUUAGGGGUGUGUGUUUGUGUGAGUGUGUGUGUGCGUGCGUGCUUGUGUGUGUGCGCGCGCGCGCGUGUGUGUGUGUUGUGCGCGUGCUACUUCCUGCAAGUUAGCCGGACGUGGCUAGCAGGAAAGCUAACUGUUUACCAGUUUGUGUGUCUGAGGUUCGUUUGAGUUAUUCAUCACGGCGCUCCGUGAUUGGCGGAGUCAGCGGGAGAGGCGGGGCUAGGGGGGGGUCAGGGGAGGUCAGACACACACACACACACACACACACACACACACACACACACACACACACACACACACCAACAGGUCUAUUUAUGUAGCACACACCCUGAGAGAGAGAAGUGGACUGUCCUGCAGACAGAGUGUGAAGAUGAUCAGGAUGUCGUUGGACAAAGAGGCGGUUAGCCCCGCCUUCCCGGCCUCCGUCGGCCUAUCAGAGCAGACCAAGUCCCGCCCCCUGCGUCAGAAGAACGGCCUCCCGUUGCCCGGCGACAGCCAGGCGGCCCCGGCCAAUCAGCGAAUCGCCAAGCGCCGCUACUCCACCGGCGCCGGCCUGAAGGGGGCGGCCAAGCGCCGUCGCCGCGCCAACAGCGACAGCCAAUCGGAGCCCGUGCUGCCGAGUCACUUCCUGUUGGGCGGGAACAUCUUUGACCCGCUGAACCUCAACUCCCUAUUGGACGAAGACGUCAACAGGGCGACCAAUCAGGAGACUCCGAAGUGCUCGCCCCUGCCGGCGCGGGGCGGAGACCCCGUGGAGAUCCUGGUACCCCGUGACAUCACCGACCCCCUGAAUCUGAAGGGAGGGGGGCGGGACGGAGAGGGGGGGGCCAAGGUCCUGCUGUCCCCCCUGAAGUCCAGACGAAGACACAGGAACAGGCACCACGGGGGGGCAGGGGGGGCGGAGAAGGGGGCGGAGCCAGCCAGACUGUUUCCUGUCACAGCCCCACCCACAGUACCGGUGUUGACCACAGAGGGCGCUGCUGUCUCCCCCCUCCCCUGUGAACUGAACACGGCCAUCACGUGUCGUGACGACGUGGCUCCGCCCCCCAUCCUCCCUCGGAGACACACCCACCCUCCGCCGGGCGCCGGCCACAGGCCCGGUAACCACGGCGACGGACGCCAGCGCCGACGGCGACGCACCACCUCCAUGAGGGCGCCAGACUGCGCCGGCGACGCCACGGCAACCAGGGUCCAGCCAACCAAGUUCGAGACGCCGCUGGUGGGCGGGGCUAAAGCCGGCAGGUGUGGAGGCGUGGCCACGCGGCCGCCAGAGAAGAAGAAGAAGGACAAACUGCGCUUCCAGUUCGGCAACCACAGCGGUUACUACGGCUACCAGGGUUCCUACGGCGACGCGUGGGAGGGGCGGGUGGGCGCGGCCGAGGACCCGAGGCUCCGCCUCCUGGAAGCCGAUUGGUUCAGAGACCGCACGGUGCUGGACGUGGGCUGUGGCGCCGGACACCUGGCGCUCGCCGUGGCUCGCCGGUUCAACCCGGCACACGUCCUGGGACUGGAACUGGACCCCCGGCUGGCUCGCGCCGCCACGCUGAACAUCAGGCACUUCCUGUCACAUGACCUGGCCACGGAGGAGAGGAAACGCAGAGGCUCCGCCCCCUCGCCGCCAGGAGGCUCCGCCCCUUCGUCGCCGGGGGAGAUGGAGGAACGAGAGACACAGGCUCCGCCCCCCUCCCUGCCCCCCUCCCUGCCCCUGUCCUUCAGGGUGAGUCGGGGUCCUCUGGCUGCCCCCCCUCUCUUCCUCCCCCCAACAUCAUCAUCAUCAUCAUCAUCCUCCUCCAGGUUUCCAGCCAACGUCACCUUCAUCCAGGGCGACUACGUGUCGGAGGCGUGGCCUGGGCGGGGCCAGUAUGAUGUCAUCAUGUGUCUGGGCGUCACCAAGUGGGUGCAGCUGCAGUCGGGGGACGGGGGCGUGGUCAGACUCUUCAGACGAGCCUAUCAGAGCCUGUCGCCGGGCGGAUUAUUCAUCCUGGAGCCGCAGCCCUGGAGCAGCUACGCACACAGCAAGAGGAUCUCGGAGUGGACGUAUCGUAACUUCCGGGCGGUGAGACUGAGACCGGAACAUUUUACAUCGUACCUGACGGACAGUGUUGGUUUCUCUUCAUACAGACUCCUCACACACACAGGUAACCAGCGGCCGAUCUACCUGUUCCACAAAGGCCCCGCCCCCAGGAAGUGAUGUCACCAGGACAGGACAGACGGAGGAAGCUGAAUGGUCCUUACAUAUUCUGUAUAUAUUAUGACUGUGAGCUCGCAGCUGAUUGGCUGAACAUUGGAGACAGUUUGAUGACAUCACAAAGGAGAAUAAACUCUGAUUGGUUGACUCUGGCUCAAAAAGGCCAGAGCAAAGGAUUGUGGGAGAUUUUCUCUCUCCCCGACCCCCCCUGUGAACACUAACAGGAAGUGACACGUCUGCAGGUCGCUCCUUUCAAAAGUUUUUGUUGUUUCAGUUUUUUGUCUAAAGAAAUAAAGAGAAAUG